UUCUGUUGACUCAUAAAUGGAUAAAUUCUUAAUUCAAUAGGCACAGAUUCAUACACAUUAUUUAACUCCCAUUAUGCUUACAUUAGGCCAAAAUAUAGAAACUAAAUACAGCACUAAACGCUAAGGGUUGCGCGCUAGCUUGUCGCGCGAUAGAGGCUACUUCCAGAUUGGUUUGUCCCUACAAGCGGCAUUUGAGCAUACAACGAGGCCUGUGAUGCUUAAUGCUGUUUUCUGUUCGCAUGGUGAGAAAGAAGCUGUGUCACUAUGAUACCCGAGUGACAGCAGUUGGGACAGCUUUCCCUGUGGAAGUGCGGAGAAGUUGGACACGUGCUUGUGCUUUCCACAUUUGGACCGACACGCAGGCCAGGGGAGAGUGACCCCCCCCCCCCACCCCACCCCCCCAGUGUUUCCCUAUCUUUUCCUCUUCUACUCCCUGUCCCUCCACAGACACCUCACCAUGCCAUGGUUACACUAAAUAUUGAGCAGCUCCAUAAACAGAGUUUCGGUAUCAGUCACCAAAAGGCACUUACCCUGUCUUUACCCGAGCCGCAGAGCCCCAAAUUAUGCUGUCCCACAGAUGGAUUGAUGCCUGAUGUCAGAGGUUUUCAAGGCUGCCUUGCUUUGCAGACUGAGGCCGUGUCACACAAAGUAUUCACAGAGCAGUUAUUGGCAGCUCUGCCCUCCCUCCAAGCCCAGCCAGCAGGGUGUGCUUAGUUCAAGCUUCCCCCCGGGCCCUGUGCUCCUGGGUCCCUCUGCUACCCACCUGCCAGAGGGAGAUGUCCUGCAUCGACCCCUAGCCCCGAGCACCUCUGUGACGGACCUGUCUUUUCCUGGUGCACCGCCUCCCCCCCCGCCGCCCCCCAAACGCCACUGUCGCUCACUGUCCGUGCCGGAGGACCUCUCACGCUGCCGGAAUACCUGGCGGCCCAGUGCCUCCAAGGUCUGGACACCAGUGAACCGUCGAUGCCACAGUGGAGGGGGAGCGGGGGGGCCGUGUCCGCUAAGAGCCCCUAGCUCCUCUCUCAAUUCGUCGCUGCACUCGUCCUCGAGCCCCACUUUCUUCAGCUUGGCCCUUUCCCCCGACUCCCCGUUGCCAUGGAGUUUCCCGUGGGAUCCCAGUGACACCGCCGGAGGGGGCGCCUGCUGCUGCUUCCUCCCCUCGCCGUCUUCGUGCUCCUCCUCCCCGUCGCCUCUCCACCCGCCCCCUCCGCCGCAGCGGCGGUUUUCCCUCUCCCCCGUCCUCAUCCGCGAAGCCGCCGCCCAGUUUUUGCCGCCGCCCCCUGUGCCCCCGCAACCGGCGGCCCUCCCGCCCGCCGUGCCCGCCUCGCCCUCGUCCGCUUGCAGCACUCCGUCCUCGCUCCGUCGCGCCAUUCCUCCUCAGCUCCCACGCUGCCACUCCCAGCCCUGCGACCUCCUCCUCCUCAAACCUGGACUGAAGCGUCGCAGGGACCCAGACAGGCCUUGUGGAAGGCCCGUUCUGGACUUUGCCAAGAUGACACAGACCCGAAGCACAGACCCCCUCAGUUUUUUGGAACGUGGGAGGCUGGCCUGUGGAGGGGACGUCUGUAUGGGCCUAGAGCCGUUUUUCGGAGACCUGAGAGGGUCGUGUUCGCCAGCCGAAGGCCUCGGGAGGACGAGCAUCGGGCCCCUGAGCGAAAGCGACGAGGAGGAGGAGGAAGGGGAGGAGGUGGACCCUGAUUGUGACAGCACGCAGCAAAGCGUUUUUGAGAGGGAUUGUACAGAACUCGAUAUAACUCUUAUCGAGGAGAACUAAAAAAAAAAAAAAAAACAACAAAAAAACCCCACAAACAAACAAAUAAAACAAACCAACAAAAAAAGUGGUGUAUGGGAAGCUCUAUUCUCCUCUCCAUUGCCAGCAUUCAACCCCUUUUCUUCUCCACCACCUGCUACCCCCACAUUGGCAGGCCUCUCAGGAACACUGCUGCUCUCUCAUGAGGCGUGCAGGUGUAUAAGCUCAUUAACAACAACAACAACAACAACUACAUUUCAGCUACUGUCACUUAUUAGCAAGUAACGCAGGUAGCUGUGGAUGUUGACCCACCCAUCAUAGUACAUUCCAGAAUCAGUUGCUGAGAUGUUCUAAGUUGUGUAUAAUCAGAAUGCUGGAAAGCACCAGCUCUCCCUGUUUGUGUGUGUGCGUGCGUGCGUGUGUGUGUGUGUGUUGGUUGUCUUCUUGAAAUUCACCCUCAAAAACUGACAAGAGGGAACGUGAGUAAAAACAAGUCUUCAGCUUUUCUGUCUUUCUUUUUUUUCCAUGUCUUUUCCUCUCUCAACUUCUCUUUUUUGGUAGUGAGACUAGACUUCAUUGGAUGGUGGUAAUGAAUUUCAGUGUUUUAAAUUUCAGUUCAAUGCAAAAGGGCAGUAUGACAAUGCAGGUUUUAAACUGCAGUCCUUUCUACUUCCUGGUUAAAGUCAAUCUGAUUCAGCAUAAGCCUUAAGAUGCCAGUUUUUUUUUUUUUAACAAAAGAUAUUACCUGGAAAUGAAUUGUGUAGCUCUUGUCCUUUUACUGUUUCUUUCUUUCUUUUUCUCUUUUUUUUCUUUUCUUUUUUUUUUGCUGUUUUUCUUAAUCUUUUUAAUCUGUACAACUUGUUCCUCUAAAAUAGAGAUGUAUAGCAUUGAUAAUGAAUGCACUGUGUGACAUAUUAAAAACAACAAAAAUGGAAGCAACCACUGUAUACUGAGGGCACAUUACGUUGUAUAGCAAUCAUUUGUUUUGAAACAAGUUAUGUGUAAAGAUGGUAGCUUGAUGAUUGGGGGCACGCAAUUUCUGUCUUUUGUAGAGAUGUUUUUUAUUGUAAGU